AUGCACCGACAAUAUGUGCCCCUCGACUCCACCAAGGGGGGCAAGUCCUCCGCUGCAGUGCUGGUGGUGGCGAUGAUCGGCAGUGUCGCCAUCCUCGUUAUCUCCGUGUUCAUCGGCGUCAAGCUCGCGCAAAUGCAGGGCAUGGAACCACCGCCACCGCCCGCGAAGCUUCCGCCUCCACCCGUGAACGUCACGAUCACGUCCAAGAUCCAGAUGGCCCUCAUGUUCCUGCAUUCGCAAAAAUCGGGCAAGCUCGACCCGGACUUUCCCGUCACGUGGCGAAGCGACUCGGGUUUGCAGGACGGGCGGGAUCAGAACCGAGAUCUUCGAGGCGGUUACUACAUCGGCGGGAGCAACAUCAAGUACCACUUCCCCAUGGCGUAUACCGUGACCAUGCUGUGCUGGGCGCUGCUGGAAUACGAGUCCGUGUUCCGGCUCGUAAAUAUGCACAACGAAAUGGCGGAGCUUAUUGACUGGGGUGUACAGUACAUCCUCCGUACAAGAUACGAGGACCUCAUUUUUGCUCAGGUGGGCACGCCCGAGAUCGACGACGUGUGUUGGAUCCGGCCGGAAGACAUGAGGCCCGCGCAGCGCCCCACCAUGUUCCCCUGCGACAUCGCGCAUCCCUGCUCCGACCUCGCUGGCGAGUACGCCGCCGCGCUCGCUGCCGCAUCGCUCACCUUCCGCGUUGGCAACCCCUCUUACGCGGACGUUCUUCUGAGAAACGCGGCGGAGAUUUUCGAAUACGCGGAUCAGUACCGCGGGAAGUACAGUGACUGGGUCGAAGCAGCGCAAACGGAGUACAAUUCUACCGGGUAUGGCGACGAGCUCAUGUGGGGCGCCACGUGGCUGUACUUCGCGUCGGGAGAUUCAAAGUAUCUGGACUACGUGGUCGGGCCAAACUCGUACAUCUUCGAGACGAACCAGUGGGGUCCGGGCACGAAGACGUUCGACUGGGACAACAAGGCGCCCGGCGUGCAGGUGCUGAUGACGCGGCUGCUAAUGCUGGGGUACGGGGCGGGCAACGAGGGGCAGAUCCCGCAGUACCUGCAGACGUACCUCAACGCCGCGAAGCUCUACGUGUGCCAGCACACGCCGCACUGGCUCCACGCCAACUUCACCGACAGCGGCGGGCUGAUCUACGUGAGCGACGACCAUCCGAUCCAGUACGCGGUGAACGCGGGGUUCCUGUCGGUGCUGGUGAGCGACUACCUGCGCAUCGCCAUCAACGCCAACGUCUCCUCGCACUACCUCGACUGCGACGCCACCAUCGAUGACAUCGUCGACUUCGCCGCCUCGCAGGUGAACUACAUCCUGGGCGACAACCCCCAGAAGAUGAGCUACAUGGUGGGCUUUGGCGACAACUACCCCACGCGCGUGCACCACAGAGCCGCCUCCAUCACGUCUCGGCAUGUGGACCCCACGGCCUUUGACUGCGUCACAGGCCGCAAGUUCAAAAAGUCCAAGUACCCAAACCCUAACGUGCUGGUGGGAGCAAUCGUGGGCGGUCCAGGCCGGGACGACUCAUACCUGGACGACCGCACAAUCCCCCAGCAGAGUGAGCCCCUGCUCUACGUCAAUGCUGUCUUUGCCGGCCUGCUCGCUAGCCUGGGUGCCUUCCGCAGCGGCAACAGCCCGGGCAACUCGCUCACGCGCAUGUGGGCGCAGAUUCCCUGGGCCAAGAAGUAUGCCGAGUCCCUCGAGGAGCUCAUUCCCAAGCCCUACCCCUCACCUCCCAAGCCGCCCGUCUCCCCACCCCCCUGGAGGACCCCUCCCCCGAAGGCCCCCAAGUUCCCCCCCAAGCGGAAUGGCCCCAGCCCUCCCCCUCCGUAUGUCAACCCUCCACCUCCUUCUCCUCCUCCCCCAAGCCCCCCUCCUCCGCGCCCUGUCAAGAAACACACUGCCCCUGCGCCGCCUCUCUUUUACAAGGGCCAGGGGAAAUACAAGGCUCCGGGUGGUGCAGAUCUCCCCACUGCUCCUGCUGCGCACACUGCUCCUGUGAAAGAGAUUCCAGCCACGCUCACGCCUGUUCCGGAUCCAGCGGCUGGUGCUGCCGGUUCUGCAGGGGAUGGCCUGCCGGCAGGGAACCCUAACGUGUUCCCCUGA